AUGGCUUCCAGCCCGCUGCCCGGGCCCAACGACAUCCUGUUGGCGUCGCCGUCCAGUGCCUUCCAGGCCGAUGCACUGAGCCAGCCGCGGCCAGGCCACGCCAGCCUCAAGCCCAACCAGGUGGGCCAGGUGAUCCUCUAUGGCAUCCCCAUCGUGUCCCUGGUGAUCGACGGGCAGGAGCGCUUGUGCCUGGCGCAGAUCUCCAACACGCUCCUCAAGAACUUCAGCUACAACGAGAUCCACAACCGCCGCGUGGCGCUGGGCAUCACGUGCGUGCAGUGCACGCCGGUGCAGUUGGAGAUCCUGCGGCGUGCGGGGGCCAUGCCCAUCUCGUCGCGCCGCUGCGGCAUGAUCACCAAGCGCGAGGCCGAGCGCCUCUGCAAGUCGUUCCUGGGGGAGAACCGACCACCCAAGCUGCCCGACAACUUCGCCUUCGACGUGUCCCACGAGUGCGCCUGGGGCUGCCGUGGCAGCUUCAUCCCCGCGCGCUACAACAGCUCGCGCGCCAAGUGCAUCAAGUGCAGCUACUGCAACAUGUACUUCUCACCCAACAAGUUCAUCUUCCACUCCCACCGCACGCCCGACGCCAAGUACACGCAGCCUGACGCCGCCAACUUCAACUCCUGGCGCCGCCACCUCAAGCUCACCGACAAGAGCCCCCAGGACGAGCUGGUCUUCGCCUGGGAGGACGUGAAGGCCAUGUUCAACGGGGGGAGCCGCAAGCGCGCGCUGCCCCAGCCCCUGCCCGAGGACGCGAAACUGGGGGACCCCGGCGGCGCGGACCUGCCUCCGCCCCCACCUCCGCCCCUGGCCCCCCAGAAAGCGGGCGGCGGCGGCAGCAGCCCGGACAGCCCGGUCCACCAUCCAUCACGGGAGGAGCAGCCCUCCUACAAAGAUAAUCAGAAAACGAAGGAAAAUAACCAAGUUGUUUUAUCUACAAAGGAAGACAGCUUUUCAGACAAGAACAAGGAGCACAGCUUUUUCAUCACAGACUCUGAGGCUUCUGGAGGAGAUUUUUGGAGAGAAAGAGCAGGUGAACACACACAAGAAACCAAUUCACCUCAUUCGCUCAAAAAGGAUGUAGAAAAUAUGGGGAAAGAAGAACUUCAGAAGGUUUUAUUUGAACAAAUAGAUUUACGGAGACGACUAGAACAAGAAUUCCAAGUAUUAAAAGGAAACACAACGUUCCCAGUGUUCAAUAAUUUUCAGGACCAGAUGAAAAGGGAGCUAGCCUACCGAGAAGAAAUGGUGCAACAAUUACAAAUCAUCCCCUAUGCAGCAAGCCUGAUCAGGAAAGAGAAGCUUGGUGCCCAUCUCAGCAAGAGCUAAAAGGUGCACAGAGCCCUGCCGCGUGUAAGAUACAGCCUGCCACAGAGUACUUGGGACCCGCCUAGAGACUGCAAACGGAGAGGGCGUGGGCAUCCGAUGCAAAAUCAGGUUCAGGAGACCCCCAAGGACAAGUGACCUCAAAGCAGCAUGGACAACCAUGUAAAAUAGACUGUAGCAGCCAUUUAUUAGUGGGGGGAGGGGGGAGCCAGCCAGAGCCAUCACUGCUUGUCGCGUCUUUUGGUGGAAACCAAAGUGUGAGUCUGUGUUUUUAGAAGGCCAACUGAACCCAGAGCGUGGGGAAUGUUGUUCGCCCACCAGUGCGGGGGACCCACGGACGGCCCCGGGAGACUUCAAUGCUGUGGACACAGAAAGGGCACCGAUUCAAGACUGGCUUUCCCUUUAAAGACGCGAGCCUCGGUGGGAAGCAAACACAAGACUUGCCCUGGAAGUGGGGAUCCCAUUUGGACCCACGGGAAGGUAUCAGCCACAAGGCUGCUCUUCAUAGCAAACCGGACAAACAAACAUGCAGAUGGCCCCUUCCUCUCUGGUACUUUGCCUGCUGUCUGAAGGAAGAUUGUAUUCCACUGGAAAUAUUUUACAAUUUAAUAUUGAGUGUAAUUAAGAAUAUAAUCAUGUU